AUGGAAGAGCAUGAGAAGAAAGAGAAGGAUCACGAUGAUGAUGACGAAGGAGGUGUUUAUAAUGAUGACGAUGACGGUGAUGUUAACGUUGAUGAUGUUGGUGGAAAGGACGAUGACGAUAAUGAAAGUGAACUGGAAGAUAAAGAGGACAUUUUAUCUGUAAUCAGGAGAGUUACUGCAAUUCUUGAGGGUAGGAAGAAAGAGCAAGAUGGCGGGGAUGAAGAAGAUGACGAUGACGACGGCAGUGGUGCUGGUGACAGUGGAGAUGAUAAUUACAGCAGUGGUGCUGGUGACAGUGGAGGUGAUGAUGAUAGUGAGGACGAUGGCGGUGAUCAUGAUGGUGGUUGUUGUGAUGACGAUGACGAAGAUGAGUGUGAAGUGGAACACGAAGAGGACAUUUUAACUGUCAUCAGAAGAGUUCUUGCAAAUCAAGAAGAGAAAAUGAAGGAGCAUGAGGAGGAACAGAAGGAAAAGGACGAUGACGAUGCUAAUGAAGAAGAAAAAUGGGACUGUGAUAGUGACGGUGAUGAUGCUGACGACGAAGAAGAAGAACAAGACGAAAAACACGUGGAGAUUAAAGAAGGGGAACUGAAAGAUAAAGCGACGAAGGUUAAGGAAGAGGAAGUGGAAGAGGACAAGGAAACAGAAGAAAGACCGAAGGUCAAGGAAGGGGAACAGGAAGAGGACAAGAGAGAAGAAAACGAAGCGAAGCUUAAGGAAUGUGAGGAGGAAGAGGGAGAGGAGAUACUGCUAAAAGAACCACCAAAGAUUAAGAAAACGCGUGGACGACGCAAUAUCAUAGUAGGGUGGCUAUGCAGCAAAAUUAUUAAGGCCUUUGUUAAAAAGAAGGUUCUUCUGUAA